AUGGCGCCCGGCGCCACCCUGGCACGAGGGAAGGACGUGUGCAAGCGAAAUGGACUGCUCAUCCUGUCUGUGCUGUCUGUCACCGUGGGCUGCCUCCUCGGAUUCUUCCUGAGGACCCGUCGCCUCUCCCCACAGGAAAUUAGUUACUUCCAGUUUCCUGGGGAGCUCUUGAUGAGGAUGUUGAAGAUGCUGAUCCUACCACUGGUGGUCUCCAGCUUGAUGUCUGGCCUCGCCUCCCUGGAUGCCAAGACCUCCAGCCGCCUGGGCAUCCUCACCGUGGCGUACUACCUGUGGACCACCUUCAUGGCAGUCAUCGUGGGCAUCAUCAUGGUCUCUAUCAUUCACCCGGGCAGGGUGGCCCAGAAGGAGACGACAGAGCAGAGCAGGAAGGCCAUCAUGAGCUCCGCCGAUGCCCUGCUGGACCUCAUCCGGCAGAAGGAAGACAAUUGGAGGAAAGGACCAAAGGGUCCUGGCUGA